CAAGGCUUUAUAUUACACGACGGACUUAUUUUUAUCAAUCAGAUCGAACUUUUAUUCGCUCCUUUUUCAACCGUAUCAUCUUUCCCCUGGUCUUCUUUCAGGAAAUCAGGCAUCGUUACUACAUGGAUCAUAGUGCCGGUUUCCUAUAGUCAGCACGAGACGUCCCUUAGGAACUUCUUCACCGCAACGAAUAUAUAUUAAAAAAGCGACGCUGUCGAAUUUUUGUCUAUUUGAAGCGCCUGUGUACAUAAUCGUCAAACCAAGAUCUCCCAAUGGGAACGAACACUGUCCGCCGCAAUCUCUUCCACCACAACCUCAGCAGGCGUCCUGCGUCCGGUGUUUCAGCGAAUGCUACCACACAAGGAGGAAGUGAUGGUAUCUCAAGCCUCUCAUCUCGCAUUCUGGGAUCUGCGUCAUCUGAUGCAGGGGUCUCGUUGAAGGCGGGAUCUUACGAUAAUGGGGAGAUCGUGGCUAAAGACAAAAAUGGCAACUACAAGCUCGACAUUCCUCUGAUACCACCGUUUCUCGAUAGUGAGAAUGGCGAUCGGCUAGAAAGUGUAGAUGAAGGUGGAGGAGCGGGUGCUGUAGCUGUCGGACGCACAGGCGAGGCAGAUAUUAAUGGAUGCGAUAAACAAAAGAUCGAGGUGAAGCUGGCCGAUAUAAUGGGUCGAAAUCGUCGAAAUGGGCAAAUGAGCAAUGGACCAGCUGAGGUCUUAAAUCUCAUUCACCAGAAUCUUCGGGACAAGGUAGCAGCUUUGGAAGAAGACAACUGGAUGUACGAUGGGAACUAGUGCACCCAUCCGCCCAUACAUGACAGUCGGCCAUUCUGUCAAUGUCAGCCAAAUACUACGAUCAACUUCGGAC